AUUUAAUAUAUAAGUUUGAACUGUUAAAAGUCUAUCACAAUUGCUAGAAUAUUGAUUUCAAAGAUGAGGCUAUUGGUUGUAAGUGCAGCCCUUCUCGUAGCUUCGUGCUUUGGGCAAGAUUGCCUCAGCAGAGAUUUCGGCCAAGGUGGGACAGUUUGCGUUUGCAAUGUAGCCCAUUGCGAUAAGUUCCCGCCGUUGCAGCCAGUUGACCUUGGCCAAUAUGUAACGUUCGUGUCGAACCAGGAAGGUUUAAGGUUUCAGAAAAAAGUAGGUGAAUUCAUCAGUGAUGAUGGACCCACCGCUAAUGUUAUUCAAUUGGGCUCGAACACCUAUCAAACUAUUAUGGGUUUCGGUGGAGCAUUCACAGAUUCGACGGGUUAUAACAUCAAGAACGUUAAAGACCAGUUAGGAGAUACAUUGAUGAGGCAAUAUUUUGCUGAAGAUGGUCUUGAAUAUAGUAUCGGAAGGAUUCCGAUAGGAGGAACUGAUUUUUCAUUUAAAGGAUACUCCUAUUGCGAUACUCGUGAUGACGUUCCGGAUCCAGAAUUAAGCUCCUUUAGCUUACAACCCGAAGAUUUCGAAUAUAAAAUUCCGUUGAUUCGACAAGCACGCCAACUUAGAAACAAUUCACUAGAUUUGUUCGGCUCGGCUUGGGUGGCACCAUCGUGGAUGAAAACCAUUCCUGGGUUCACCUCGAGGAAUUCCUCCAUCAAAUAUGAAAUGUACCAGGCUUGGGCCGACUAUUUAGUGAAAUUUUUAGACAGUUACAAGGAGCAGGGAAUUGAUUUGUGGGGUAUAACCACCGGCAACGAGCCUAAAACGGCGUUGCUUAAGGAGGAGAUACCUUCGGUAGCUUGGACACCUGAUGAUAUGACUAAAUGGGUUAGGGAAAAUUUGGGACCGGCAUUGAGGAAAUCAGCCCAUUCAGAUAUCAAACUCAUGCUUUUGGAUGAUCAAAUUCCAUUUAUGAAAGAGAUGGCAGACAAAGUACUUGCUGAUGAAACUGCUAAUGGUUACGUUGACGGUAUUGCAACACAUUGGUACUCGGAUUGGUAUGGUGCAGACACUGCAGGAUUAUUAGAUGCGGCACACGAGAGUUAUGCCAAUAAAUUCAUGCUAGCUACAGAAGCGUGCAAUGGUUACGAGAAGAACGACAUUUUCUUGGGGAGUUGGCAUAGAGGUGAAAAGUACGCCGAAACUAUAAUUAAAUACUUUAAUAAUUGGAUAACCGGAUUCGUCGAUUGGAAUAUGGCUUUGAACGUACAAGGUGGCCCAACGUUCAUUAAUAAUUUCGUCGAUUCGCCCAUCAUAGUCAACGCUACUGCUAAUGAGUUCUACAAGCAGCCCAUGUAUUAUGCCAUUGGUCACUUCUCUAAGGCCAUACCCAAAGGGUCCAUUAGACAGGAGAUAAUUCCCUUUAGUGACGACGUAAUGGUCACUGCUGCCGCACGACCUGAUGGCGGUACCGCCAUUGUCAUUCUGAACAAGCUAGAUGUCGUUGUUGAUGUGGCGGUUAGAUGCAUCGGACGAGGCGAUGCACAUAUUACAUUAACUCCUAAAUCUUUGACAACUCUUGUAUAUUGGUAAAUAAAUUAAAUAAAAUUUAUGGGUACAAUGUAUUUUUUUACUUAUUUACUUAUU